AUGGUCGGCGGCCGUUUUGAUGGCGACGCCCGUUGGGACUGUCAGGUGCAGGAAGUCCGCGACCUGCUGUCUGGCUACCUGGUCCACAGCGUUCAGAUCACGCCCUCCAACGGCACGGCGCGAGUCCUCCUGGCGGAACCGGAGGUGUUGGAGACGUGGGCCAAGUCGUCGCAGCACACUUUCCGGGGCCACAAGGUCACCAUCUCGCCCUCCAACACCGAGGGUCUCCUGUGCGUCUCCAGGCUGCCCCUCGACCACACCGAGGAGGACUUCGCGGGCCUCGUCGGGUCGCUGGGAGAGGUGUCCUACUGCUUCCUCAUGCGCUCAGAGAAGACAGGAGAGAGCAAAGGCUACGGCUUCGUGGAGUACGUGACGAAGGAGGUGGCCCUGCAGGCGAAGUCGGUGCUGGACGGGCGCGAGACGAGGGACACGGUGCUGGUCUGUGAUUGGCUGGAUCCGAGUCACGUGACCUUCGCCUCGUUGCACUCCACCUGCCUCUACGUCGACCAGCUGCCGAAGGACUACCGCGACAUGGGCGAGUUCCGUCGGAUUUUCAGCAAGGUCACCAACCCUCCGUACUGCCAGAUCGCCAUGCGGAACGGCGCCCUCCAGGACUGGGGUCUGGUGGAGUUCAUCAACGCCGAGGACGCCGAGGAGACGCAGUCGUCGCUGCACAACUACGUCCUUCGGGGCCAGAGGAUCCGCGUCCAGUACUGCAUCCCCGGCGUCAGGGCCAUCAACAUCUACAUGAAGAUCCUCAGCGAUCCGGGUUUGAAGAAGAAAUCGGCGCUGCUCCCCGAGCCGCCAGCCAAUAAGGUCUUUUCGCAACUGCAGAAUCUCACCAAACACAACCCUGCGUUCGCCACCAGCCUGCAGAACAUCAUCCUGACGCAGAUCCAGUCGCUGGGGGUGAACCCCGGGGAGGGCGGCCCCCCCGUGCCGCCCCCAGCCCCCGGCCCUCCCCGGGGGCCGAGGCCGCCCACCAGCACGAGUUCGGUGCGCCCGCCGCAGCCGCCGCCGCGGCCGGCGUCCCCCUCCAGCGCCACCGUGCUCAACACCAACGCCCAGGCCGCCCUCGUCAUCCUGCUGGCCGCCCAGAUGCAGCUCCAGCAGCAGCAACAGCAGAACCAGCAGCAGCAGCAGUCGCAGCAGCAGGGCGCGCCCAGCGGGGCUAACCUGCUGGCCAGCCCGCACGUGCUCAACCUGUUGCAGUCGCUGGUGCAGCAGGGCGACCCGCAGGCGACGCCCCACCGCGCGCCCGCGCCCGAGGCCACCAACGGCUACUCCAAGCCGCAGGGCGCCGCCGCCGCCGCCAGCGCCGCCAGCAUGAAGCCCAACUACAGAAACGGGUACAGCAAGAACGGCGUCAACAAACCCGCCAAGACGCCGCUGCUGCCGACGCCGGGCUCCGGGGGCUACGGCGGGGGCUGGGAGGAGGGCGGGGCGGGGGCCGGCGGGGGGGAGGGCGAGAACGGCCUCACGCCCCUCCUGUCGGGGCUGCUGACCAGCCUGCCCGGCCUGGCCGCCCCCAAGGCCACCAAGGACGACCUGCAGGGCACCAUCUCCACGCUGCUCUCCAACGCCCACAGCCUGCAGCAGCUGCUCGGCACCCUCACCGCCAACGAGCAGCCGCCGCCGCCACAGCCGCAGCCGCACCCGCAGCAGCUGCAGCAGCAGCCGCAGGCGCCGCCGCCCGCGCCGCCCCUGGACGCGAGCCACGCGGCGCUGGUGUCGGCGGCGACGCUGCUUCCGCCGCCGCACAUCAGCACGUCGGCCCCGCCUCCCCUGUACCCCUCCAGCCCCCUCAUGUCCAUGCUGCUGACGGCGGCGGCGCAGCCGGCCAAGCCCGCGCUGCUGGGCGACGGCCCGCUCCGCCCCGAGCACCCCGCCGCCGCCUACAUCCCCGCCCACCUGGCCCCGCCGCCCAUGGAGCAGCCGCCGCCCCCGCCCCCCGUCUCGUCCGCCCCCGCCUUCCUGUUCGCCUCCCCCGUCACCUCCAGGGUCACCACCUCGUGGUCUCCCCCGCCCAUGGCUCCCCCCCCGGCCCUGCUGCAGCCGCCCAUCCUCCACCCCGCCGCCCUCCCCCCCCACCCUCGCCUCCUCAACCCGCUCUACCUGACGCCCACCAAGGGCAUGGCGCCGCCCGCGCACUCCUUCGGGCCCGCGCCCCCGCACGCCGGCUACACCACGCCCAUCGGUCACAAGCGCAAGAGCAACCACAUCCUGCCGUCGCCCGAGCCGUCGCCCGAGAACGGCUACGUGGGCCAGCACUCGCAGGGCAUCGGCGGCCACUACCAGGACUCGUACCUCACCAAGAAACUCAAGAAACACUGAGGGGGGAGCCGCCGCACGCAGGGGCGCCGCCGCGGGGGGCCGCCCGGCGAAGGAGAGACCGCGGGACCUCCAGAGGGCGCCCCCCACCCCCUCCCGUCUCCCCGAGAACAGAAAACACGCCCGCACGCCCACACGGACACACCACACGGACACAAGCCCAUUCACACACAGCCACACAAACAAACCUCUCCUUGAACACAUUCAUCUCUCGUUCUUUUCCCUCCCCCCAUUGUUUGUUUUUUUAAUUCUUUGUAAAUCUUAGAGUUAGGUUUCGCUUCUUCCAAGGUACAGACACAGUUUAACCACUUGUGCUUGAGAUGUACAUAGAGUCCCGCAGAGGGGCGCGAGAGGCUUAGGAACAGGGCUUUUUAGGAGCAUUCUUAUAGUCUUCGGAGAGAAUACUACUCGCAGAGUAUAUUGGUCAAGUUUUAUUUAAUUUCUAAUUAUAAUUAGAAUGGUCUAUAUUUAAAAGGGAAGUGUAUAUUAUCAUAUCAUAUGAAGGUAUAAGCAGCUGAGGAAUCUUCUACAGUAUAUAUAUAGAUAUGCGUAUAUCUACAUACUAUAUACCUACAGUAUAUCAAAAAACCAAACUUGCAAAUCUAGAACCAACGUAGCGACUACCACAUACACAAAACAAAGUGCCUUUCAGAGCAAGAGUAGUGACUAUUUUAGCUGCUUUUUAAUUUAUUCUGGAGUUUGUGAAUAUCGAGUUUCUGAUAUUGAAGAAGUUUUGUAUGAAGCAUUAUUUUCAUACUAGUUUACUGAAGCAAAGGAAUUUGGAACUUAUGUACAGUGUGUCCUCAACAUAACGCUGGGCUGGGGACUCGUUGGUGCAGGAUGUGUGUGUAUGUCAAUAAGGGUCAUUUCUUUAAGGUUUAGCAUUAAGUGGUUGGGUCUUAUGCAUAGUGGUAAUAUAGCCCUAUCUUGUCCCCUGCCCAGUUGUUUGUUCUUAAGUAUGCUGAAGUUCUUAAUCAUACGAUUUGAACACCCUCCCAGUCUUUACAGUGAGGAUUGUACUGUAAUUAAGGGCAUUAGGGCGUAUUUAAGAGUCUUGUAUAAAAAAAAAUAUAUAUAUAAAUAUAUAUGAACAUACCACAGGCUUUUUGAGGCAUUACGUAAACCGACUGGCAUUGUUUAAUUGGCUUGCGUUCCCAUAAGGAUUGUAUGGGAAUUGGAACAGACAGACAGAUACACACACACACACACGGUACACACACACACAUACACACAUACACACACACACAUACAACAGUUAUCGUUGGCUUUGCCCGUGCGACGAAGAGGGGAGAAUGAGAGUUAAGUGGUUACUCUCUCUCUCCCUCUCUCUCUCUUUCUUUCUUUCUCUCUCCCACUUUUUCAGAGUAUAUCGCGUGAGGUAACAACCAACUAUUUACCAAAAAAAAAAAAAGAUGGUUACUAAAAAAUCCUAAAAAAAAAAAAAAAAAAAAAAAGUUUUGCCUAAGAGCGUUGGAUAGGAAUUUGGAAGUACUGUAACGAGAAGGAGCCUUAUGGUGAGUGUACAGAAGGCUCCAUUUUGCUGAUCUCGUCCUUGUCAAAUGUUUUUUUUUUUUUAAUUGUUAGUUUUAAUUAUUGAUAUUAACAUUAUUAUUAUUAUUAUUAUUUUAAUUUUCUGGAAAGGGUGUUUGUGAAAAAGAAAGACUUUCGAGGACUUAGAUUUUUUUUUUCUUUCUCUUUCUCGAAAGGUCAUAAAUAUCCCUGAAAUAAAAGGGAAUAAAAAAAACAUGAUCUGUGACUCUGUGUUAUAAAGAGAAUGAACAUUUUUUUUUCUUUUCAAAUGUUAUUGUUAAUGUUAAAGCAAAAAAAAAAAAACAUUAUAUUAAAACAAAAAAACAACUCUAGGAUUUGCCGUAGUUUUAGUCAUUUUUGCUAAGGAUAUUGUGAAGGAUGUUUCAAAAGAAAAAAAAAAAGAAAAAAAGAAAAAGAAGAGAAAAGAAAAAAGUCGAUUCCACGAAGACUCUUUUUUUUUCUUUCUUUCUUUCUUUCUUUCUUUCUUAAGGCAACAAGACCCGUGUGUGGAGUGUUGAAAUUGAUGAGACUUUUUAUGUAAACACAAAGUUAGAUUUUAGAAUUGCAUCUUCUCUCUCUGUCCCUAAUGUGGA